AUGGCUGGUGGUAAAAAAAAAUUGGUGUUUUGGUCAUAUUAUCAAGAAAAAACUGUAAAUGGCAAAAAUAUAUUUGAAUGCUGUUAUUGGAAAUUCCAAUAUUCUUGUAAAAAUGCUAUUAAAAUGACUAUGUAUUUAAUAAAAAACUGUAAAAAUUGCCCAUUAGAAGUUAUAAAGAAAAUUAAACCAGCCAAAGAUACACAUACAUUACAAUUACACAGCAUAGAAAAUAACGAUUAUGUGGAUAAUUUAUUACCAUAA